AUGUCCAAGGUCAUCACCGCUGAGGAGGUCGCCAAGCACAACACAGCAGACUCGGCGUGGGUCAUUGUCGAGGGCGGCGUCUACGAUGUUACCGACUUUCUCGAGGACCACCCGGGCGGCAAGAAGGUCCUCCUCAAGGCGUGCGGGCAGGACAGUACCGAGAAGUUCCACCAGUUUCAUGGGGCGUCGGUGCUGAAGAAAACCGCGAAACCGUUCCUCAUUGGCAAGGUUGGCGAAGCCUCGAAGCUCUGA